CUAGCGAGCAUGGAAAAGCCCUGCCACACUUCCUGGAGGUGCCACUUUCGGACUAGCUGCAAACACCAUGUCUGAGUGGAAGAAUAAGUGUGUGGAGGAGUGGGCUCUCCAGGGAGCCCCGAUGCCGGACUCCGUGGACUGGAAGUCAGUGUACGAAGCCAAGCCGCUGGGGAGGAACCUGCUGAAGAACCCUUCGCCUCUCGGAUUAAGCAAAGACAGCCCACCUCCUGAACCCGAGCUACCAGACAUCCCCAUGCAUGGACCUCCUAUUUCUGCUCCAGAAGGUGACUUCACUGGUUGGAAGACAGACACGGAGAUACUUCCUACGGACACAAGUGGGAUCCCACCAGGAGUUGUGAUCUGCUACCUGCCUGAGUACAGUUGGUUCACCUUGGAGCAAGUUGUGGACCUGAAGGCAGAGGGGCUGUGGAACGAGCUGAUGGAUGGGUUCCAGCCGGAAAUCGAGGUCCAAGACUGGUACGAGGAGAGUCAGGUGCAUGAUCAAAUCUAUGAGCUACACGUGAAGCUGCUGGCUGCAGACAAGACUACAGUGAUCGCUGAGCACUCGGUCAGCCCCACCGAGGACCGCAGCGUCUACUCUCACACAUGGAAGGAGGUGUCGCAUGUGUUUUCCGGCUACGGGCCUGGAGUGAGAUAUGUUCACUUCCUUCAUCGGGUCAAGAACAAUUUCGUGAGGCAGUUUUACCCAACAUUGUUCGCCGGCAGCUCUGUGGUGGUCAAGCCUGUCAAAUCCAGCAGCUAAUGUCAUCACAGCCUCCUGCACCCAUGUACGACCAACUUUAAAAUUCCAUCUGUAUUCUAACAGUAAUGCGCAUUUUAAAAUUAAAGUUGAUGUACUACUUCACGCUGAUUUGAAGUCUUGGACUUUGACACUCAUGAAAAUUUAAAUAAAAAAAAAAUUAAGCUAAUUUUAAUAAUUAAUAAAAUUACAGUUUCUCAUUACUUUUUGACAGUAAGACGUGAACACAAAGUACAUACUGUUGGAAGAGAUGAUAAAACUAGAGAC